ACUAGCUUAAAAUUACUAUUUUUAAAUAAGACUAUAAAGAAACCAUAAAUGUGAAGAAUCAAACCCCUCACAAUACCAAGGGAUCUUGAAUUCAAUUUCUAUUUACACAACAAUUCAAAAAAAUGAAUCCAUCAAAACUUUCAUUGUUCUUCACACUUUCCUUGAUCUUUAUUUCACAAGCAUAUGGAGCUUCUUUGUUUGAAGGUUUAUGCGCAGCCACCGUGGAAGACAGCGCUCGUUGCCUUCAAGUUUUGAAAGCCGAUCCAGAAAUUGCCUCCGCGAAAAACGAUCUUCAGCUAUGCAAACUCAUCCUAAAGUUCGGACUAAAAAAGGCGACUGAAGCUCAGAAUUACCUAAAGGAUUUAGCAAAGACAAACCCUGCACCAGCAAUUCAAGAAUGUGCAACAAUUCAUUAUGAUGGAGUUGUUGGAUCAUUCAAAAGUGCAUUAGGUGAGUUGGUUGAUGAUUCAAUGACAUCAAAUUAUGAUGCCAAAGUUGCUGGUGAUGGUCCUAACACAUGUAACACUGCUUUGGCUAAGGCAAAUAUUAAUGAUCCUACAAUUACUGCUCUAAAUAAAGAGAUAUCAUUGAUUAGUACUAUUGCAUUUUUAGCAACAAAUAAGCUUCCAUAAUCAUAGACUAUUUUGUUAUAUAUUGGUCAAAAGAAGAAAGGAUAUGUGAAGCAGUUGGCUCUCGGUUGUAAACCAAAAAUUAUAGUGUGCAUUUUGUUUGAUUGUUUUUUUUUCAAAAAAAAAAUAUGGGAAGGUAAGUAUUUAUUAAUAGGGGUUUGGGUAGUAUGCAUGAGAUCUUGGAUUCGAUACACAACUCUAUUGUAAACCUAAAAGGUAGAACUAAUAGCCAUUUUAGAACUGUCCUGACGAGAUUCGAGCAUGGCACCUUUAGAUUAUAGGGCUAAGUUCUUACAAACUGAACUAGCACCUCAAGUGUAAUUAGUGUAUAAUAUGUAUGAUUUUUGUAAUUUAAUUCGAUUGCUUAUUUUAUUGUUUAAUAUAUUAUUUAUUUUGUUUUUCUUAA